AUGUCUCGAUUCUCUCGCUACGACACCGACGAAGAGCGCCUCCCCGAGGGCAUGACCCGCGUCGGCUACGAUGCCGACACCCAAGUCUACACCUUCCGAGACGCAGACGGCAGCCUCUGGGAGUCUGCGCCGGGCUCCCAGUACGGCCGUCUGACGCGGGUCUCCGGGCCUGCCGCCGACGACGAUGCCAGCGACUCGGAGCCAUUUCUCCAGGACUCGAUGCCCAAGACUUCAUGGCGACAUGACAUGAUGCCGCUGCUCAACUUUGGGGUCCUGGUUGGGCUGUCGCUGCUCGUGCUGUUUUGGUUCAUUGGCCGGAAGGCACCGGAGGAGAAGCUCGAGGUGGUGGUCAAGUGUCCGGGACGCAGCGUGACAGUUGCGGAGAAUGACACCUGCUGGGACGUGGCUCAAGCUCAGGGACUCACUGUGGAUGAGCUUGUUGGGGUGAAUGCUGGCUUGGACUGCAGCAAGCUGAUGGUUGGGUACGAGGUGUGCCUUUCGGUGUAG